AUGCCUGAGCAGUUUAGAUGGCGUGUCGUUUGCGGGGCAGUCCCCCGCAUUCCCUCCAACGAAGCGGUGCUCUCCGAUGCCAUGGUGUAUGUUGGAAGGCAGGUGUUGGCGGGGCUGCUGCUGCCGUUGUUGGUGAGCUCUUCUCACCACAAAAGGCAUGCCCGACAUUCGCACCACCACGUAUCGCACGCGCAAGCCGAGCACGAAGACCACCACCAGUCGAAGAUUCAGAACCUGCAGAAGGCCGUCAUUAAGGACGAAGUCAAAGAGACAGAGCUCCAACUUCAAGAAACCCGAGAUCGGGAAGCAAUACACAUCACGGAGGAAGAAGUUGGACGGGUGGGGCGAGAUUGGGGUAUGCUUCGAUCGCUGCAGAAGCAUAGACAACGCAAGCCGAGCGAAGAAGACCUGAAGGCGGGGGAAGCCAACCUCAGAGAGCUCAAGAGCCAGAUGAAGCAGCUUCAAAAGGGACUGAAUUAUGCGAAAGAGUACGUAAGCGAUUCCGAAGCCCAGCGAAAGAAGCUCAAAGCAGAGAUUGCGAAUUCGACACUGCCGGAGGAGCUCAAGGACGCCAAAUACAAGUACGAGCAGCUCCAAAAGCACGUGACCAAGGCGACGAUGAAAGAAAAUGUCGCCUGGAAAGAUACCAUGAAGCGCGAGGUUGAGCUUGGAGAAGCCAAGGAGCAAUACAGCAAGAACUUGAAACGGCUGGCAGCGGAGGAGGCAGAACUGCGCAGUGCUUCAGCCAAACUCCGGCAGCUUAAGGCUGGUGAUGAGUCAACGACGAAGCAGCCAGCAGAGGAAGAGGAGCCUGCUUCAGAGAGAAGCGGCUUGCCUGCGAGGCAUGCUGGGUGGUUCGCAGCUUUCGUGGCACUGAGCCUUGUUUUCGUGUAA